AUGACGAAACGUAAACAACCGGACGAGAAGGUCUCUACGUCCUGCUCCAAGGCAGUAAGCAACAAUAGUAAACAAAAGAAGAAGGAGAUUUACAAGCAGCAACGUGUGGGUAAUUUCAAGAGUUACUAUACAUAUCGAUUAGGUCAAAAACAUCCGGGUCAAUUAGAAGAUGAUCCACGUCUUGCUGCACUUGACAAGAUCUGGUUUGAAGGCAAACGUGGACUUGAUAUUGGGUGUAAUUCAGGAGAAUUUACGAUUACGAUAGCCAAACAACUGGCACCAAAUUAUCUAUUAGGGAUUGAUGUGGACCCGCAGCUUAUUUCUCAAGCUAGAGGACAUUUGAAGGAUGUUUUAAGACAGGAGACGAUUGAGACGGCUUUUCGUAAGAUUCCAGCCGUGAAAUUGACUGAAGAUAAAGGUGUUGAAGCUCGUGUGGAGGCUUGUAGAGAAGGUGUAAGCGAGUUUUCGGAGGUCAAGCAAAAGACUGCGAACGAAACAAGCACGAAGACAAGUGAUGGAGACGCGUUUGCCAAGGACAUGCCACUUUCUUUUCGUCUUUGGAAGCCAUCGAUGCAAGGUCAUGACAUUGUCCCUCGAGCCAUUGGUAAGGCUGCCGUUGGCUCUAAGUUCCCAUUGAACGUAGUCUUUAAGCGUGAAGAUAUCGUGUCGGACGUGCAUGCUGGCAAAGAUUAUGACUUUAUCACGUGCUUUAGUGUGACAAAAUGGAUUCACCUUUUCCAUGGCGAUGACGGCAUCAAGAAGGUGUUUGCUAAGAUUUACGACCUGCUGCUGCCUGGUGGCCGUUUCAUUGUCGAGCCGCAGCCAUGGAAAUCAUACCAUAAACGGAAGUUUACGUCCGAAGUCACUGCUGUAAACUACGCCAAGAUCCAGCUACGACCGAAAGACUUUCCAGAACAUCUUGUAAACGCCGUUGGUUUUCGUCGCUGCGAGUUUUUAGAAGUAUGUCAGACAUCUUCGAAAGGUUUUCGUCGGCCAGUUUACGUUGCUCAGAAAUAA